AAGUAGAAAGAAAACCACUUAUUUGGUGUAAAUUAUGGAAGAGGACCUCAUUUUCUACUGCUAAUAGUAGUACUAAUAGGUUGUCUCAACUUCAACACUCGAGUACACAUGAAUACUCUCUCUCUCCACUCAAGCAAAGAUGGAAUAGUUGAAUACUCUCUCUCUCUCAUAACUUCAUGACGUAAAAAUCACCUAAAAGCUUCGUCUCUCUCAUUGCAUCUCUCUCUGUGACAUUCACAUGGUGGCGCAUUUUGGUUUGGAGAUGGUUAUGGUGUUGCAUUCUUAGAAAUGAAUCGUAGUAGUUUCAAGGGAUCUGUGAUCGGCGGGAGGAAUAUUACGGCCGGAUCUCAUCACCGCCGAGGUCUCAGUCUCAACGGAGUCCCCAAGGAUGCGGACGAGAACUUGGAUCUCUUCUCUAGGAAUCGCCGGAGUCUCUCUGUUGUUUCGCCCGAUGAAUCAGACAUUUCAGCAAAAUUGGGCAAACUUUCUGUUGGAUCAGCAAAAUUGGCAAGGAGUGGGAUAGAUGAUCUGUUGUCAUCAACCGAUGGGGGAAAACAUGACUACGAUUGGCUUCUCACUCCACCAGGAACUCCUCUUUUUCCUUCAUCGGAUGGAAGUGAGUCGCAACCAGCCUCGGCAGCUCCAAGAGGAAGUUCCUUGGUUAGAUCAGUCUCUACAACUAAGUCUUCAAGGUUUUCAGUGUCACAAUCGGAGAGCAACCAUCCCUCAAGACCAACUAGAAGCAGUUCAGUGACUCGCCCUUCCAUCUCUACAACACCACAUAGUACCUACUCGAACAAAUCCACCUCAAUACUCAACACAAGCUCAGCGUCAGUCUCAUCUUAUAUUAGACCAUCCUCCCCUGCUGCCCGUUCUUCAUCUGCAGCAAGACCUUCGACUCCAUCUGCUCGUCCAGCACUAUCGCGAACCUCAACUCCUUCUAAAGCCCGUCCAGCCCCCGCCAACUCUUCCAUUGACAAAACCAGAUCAUUCCAAAACUCAAGACCUUCAACUCCAAGUUCUAGGCCUCAAAUUCCUGCCAACUUGAAUACCACGGCCACUCGCUCAGCCUCUCGGCCAUCAACACCCACUCGUAGGAGUUCAGCACCAUCUCUGUCUCCGGCAGCAGGAACUUCAUCCUCAUUUGAGCGAAAUUUGUCAAAUGGGCGAAAUGUGUUGCCCACAUCUCGGCCAAGCUCCCCAGGUCCACGACUUCGUGCCCCACCACAGCCAAUUGUUCUACCUGAUUUCUCCCUUGAGACACCACCUAACCUGAGAACAACUUUGCCAGAUAGGCCAAUUUCUGCUGGUAGGUCCAGGCCAGGUGUGGCUGUUACAGGUAAAGGGAGAAUAGACCCCCCAACCCCUGCAAAUUUGCCAAAAAGACAAUCAUCACCUAUUGUCACUAGGGGAAGACUUACGGAACCCACUGGAAGGGGCCGUUUGCAUGCCAAUGGGCAGGUUGUUGAUCCAUUGGAGUCCCGUAAGGCCCCCCAUAACUCAGAGUCAUCAAUGCGGAAACCCGUAAAGAAUUCAACAACCUCCACAGAGAGCACAGGAUUUGGGAGGACUAUCUCAAAGAAAUCGCUUGAUAUGGCUAUUAGACAUAUGGACAUAAGAAAUGGUACCAGUAGCAGCCGUCCACUUUCAGGCACAACCCUCUUCCCUCAGAGCAUUCGAUCCACCAAUCACAAAAGCCAACCUGGUCGUGCUUUAAGUGCUCCACCAUCUGUCAAUGGGAACCCUCCUGUCAGCAAUAAUGGUGUCAUCUCAGAUUACGGAAAUUACGUUAAUAGGUCUCCUGAAAAUGGAACCAAAGAAGACUAUCAAAUUUCAGCAAAACUUACAGAAGCAGACAUAUAUGAAAGCUCCCGUUAUGAUGCAAUUCUGCUGAAAGAGGACUUGAAGAACACAAAUUGGUUGCAUAGUGUUGAUGAUAAGACUGAUCAAGAAUCCAUAUUUGACAACGGAUUUGAGCCUCUACCUGAACCUUUUGGAAUUGGGCCCUCGUAACAUCUGUGAAGUGGUGGUGGUUCAUGUUAUUUCUUUAUUUCAAUAUUUAUAUUUUUUGAAUUACUUGGCUGAUUUUUAAAGAACAGAAUCUGUCAAUUUUGCAAAAUCAUAAAAUUGUGUCAUUUUUUCU